GGUUUUGUUGUCUGCUGUUUGCGUGGAGAGGUUCUUUGCGAUCCGAUUCUUGUGGUCCGUGUUUCCGAUCGUCCUGUUCAUCGAAUUCUUCGUCUCUUUUUGGGUCCUUUUGGGUCAUCGGUGGUAAUUCUUGAUUUGGGUUUCUGGUUCAAAUAUUGCCUAAAAGAAGAACAAAGUCCUUUGUGGUUACUCUAUUUUCAUGUCUGAGCUCGACGCCCAGGUUCCAACCACUUUUGAUCCUUUUGCUGAUGCGAAAGCUGAGGAUUCGGGUGCUGGGUCAAAAGAAUACGUCCACAUUCGUGUCCAGCAGCGCAAUGGUAGGAAAAGCUUGACCACUGUGCAAGGUCUGAAGAAGGAGUUCAGCUAUAACAAGAUACUCAAGGACCUGAAGAAAGAAUUUUGCUGCAAUGGAACUGUAGUCCAGGACCCGGAGUUAGGCCAGGUCAUUCAACUGCAAGGUGACCAGCGGAAAAAUGUUUCGACCUUCCUUGUGCAGGCUGGGAUAGUGAAGAAGGAACAGAUCAAGAUUCACGGUUUCUGAAGUCAGGAAGUCGGGAUCGCUAAAUGUAGUUUGUUUAUGUGCCCACUAGGCGCGAGUGCGCAUACAUGUUCUCAAUCGCCUGACUGUUACUAUCAACUCUAUCUUUAUAUGUAGGUAAGAGAUUUUAGACACGACAUAGUAUAUGUACGUCGCUAUUGCCCGUUCUGCUGCUGCUUCUGAAAUUGCGAUGGUUUAUUGCAUCUUAUGUUUGUGAUUUCCUCGAGUCCUUUCGAUUCUUU